AUGUUUCGUUCGAUACUGAACCGAUCAAAACAGAUAUGGACGCCCGAGGGGCACAAGCUCCUUCAGAAUCCCAGCAAGGAAUAUGUUGACAAAUUCAUCGAAUUGCACGGCGCGAAUCGGCCGGAUUUCAAGAGUGAGGACAUCGAAAUGUGGAAGACCGCUUUUGGCAAAGACUAUAUGUUGAAUUUCUUAUGCCCAAAAGACUCGAUUGAUGUGAUAUUCUCAAGUCAUCUGAUUCGCUAUCGAAGUGUGAAGCCCGACAACCCAGAUAUUUUCAUGUGGGGUCUCGCUUGGGCCAACGAAAAAUAUCGGGGAAGGAAAAUCAUGCAAAUAAUGCAUAACUGUGUCAUUAAGACAUGGAUAAGAGAAGGAAGAUUGAACACUGUUGGUUGCAGCAUGAAAACGCUGAAAAGAUUUGUGACCAAUAUUUUGGGAGGUGUCUUCAAUACCCAACACACCUAUUUCAUUUCCUUCUACGAUGCCAAAAAUUUCAAACCAAUUGAUGGACCAUUUGACGGAAUAACUGUCAAGAAUUUUCGAGACGUCCCACCAAAUGAUCUUCACCAAUACGAUGAAUUGGUUUUUCCAUAUGAUCGAAAGAAUUAUAUGAGCCGCCACUUUUUAGAUAAAAAUGGCUGGGGAAAAGUCGCUUACGAUGAAAAUGGGAAUGUUGUCGGAAUUGCGGCAGUCAUCGCAUAUCCGUCGGGUGAAUGCGUCAUUCAACCAUUAUACGCCGAUUCGACACAAAUUGCUCAAGCGCUCUUCAACAGUAUUCUCAAAGAGAUGCCAUUGGAAAAAUGCUGGCGAUUUCAAGUUCGAUCGCACGAUCAACACCCGGGAAGUUAUUCAUGGAUCGCUCCAUUCCUAAAUUGCCCAUUAAACAAGACCGCGCUCUCAUAUGCCACUUAUAGUGCGUUCCCUCCGAAAUAUGAUGUCUCGAAAGUAUUUGUCAAUGCUCAGCCAACAAAUGCGCCAAUUUAA